UCUCAUUCGAGCUMAGACCGUCCAGGUAUCAACAUCUCAAAGAUGAAGACUUUGAUCGUCCUAACUGUUUUGGUUGCAUAUGUGGCUGCACGUCCACGCAUCUACUCAAAUUCUAACAAGUCUCCACUUACAAUUCUCGACGAGUAUGACGAUAUCUACAACAAUCGGCCACCAUUUUUACAAAAGCAAGAGGACCACGAGCUGCAACGACACCCCCUACUAACAAGAAGUGAAAGCCAGGAGCAGCAACGACCCCCUUUCUUAACAAGAAGUGAAAGCCAGGAACAGCAACGACCCCCUUUCUUAACAAGUGAAAGCCAGGAACAGCAACGACCCCCUUUCUUAACAAGAAGUGAAAGCCAGGAACAGCAACGACCCCCUUUCUUAACAAGUGAAAGCCAGGAACAGCAACGACCCCCUUUCUUANAGAACGUAAAGAGAAAGAAGAGAAAGAACGAAAAAGAGAGAGAAGAAAAGGAAGAAGACGGAUUGAAAGAUAAAAUAGAAAAAGAAAAGCAUCGAUCCGAAGAGAAAGAAGAGAAAGAGAAAGAUACCGAAAAGGAAAAAGAAGACAAAGAGAAACACAAUGAGGAGGAAAAGGAGGAAAAACAAAAAGACGAAGAAAAAGAAAAAGAAGAAAAAGAGGAAGAUCGUGUAAAAGAGAAGAUCCACAAGGAGCGACGCCGCGCUGAAGAGAAGGAGGAAGAAGAAGAAGAUCGUGAAAAGGAAAAACAACACCAGGAAAAACAUCGCGAAGAGGAAAAGGAAAGCGAAGAAAAACAUGAGGAGAAGGAAAAGCUCGAAAAAGAGAAAGACAAGGAA